AUUUUAUGACUACACUGACUUAUCGUAGUUGUAGUUUCCUUUCCGAUUUCCCAUUUAAACAUUCUACUUUCCUACACUCUUUCUAUAGUAAAUAUAAUUUUUUUUAAAAAAAACUUAGCUAACAAUUUUAAAGAAAAAAAAUAAUAAUUGUGGGAUAUUCCUAGAUUUGAUGUAUGAUGAUUAAUUUGCUUUGACAGCCCAAAAAUAAUAAUAAAUUACGAAAAUUAUUAAUUUAAAGCACAAACAUUUCAUUGUCUGCGCUCACGAAGUCUAACCGAGAGAGAGAAGUAGAGAAGUCUUUCACAAAGUCAUCGGAGAAGAUGUCGUGGCAAUCGUACGUUGACGACCACCUUAUGUGCGAUGUCGAAGGCAACCACCUCACCGCCGCCGCCAUUCUCGGUCAAGACGGCAGUGUCUGGGCUCAGAGCGCCGCUUUCCCUCAGUUGAAGACUGAAGAAAUCAAUGGGAUCACAAAGGACUUCGAGGAGCCUGGGUUUCUUGCCCCGACCGGUUUGUUUCUCGGUGGAGCUAAAUACAUGGUUAUUCAAGGUGAACCUGGAGCUGUCAUCCGAGGGAAGAAGGGACCUGGAGGAGUUACUAUCAAGAAGACGACUCAAGCCUUGGUCAUUGGUAUCUACGAGGAGCCUAUGACUGGAGGUCAAUGCAAUUUGGUUGUGGAGAGGCUCGGGGAUUACCUCAUCGAGUCUGAUCUCUAAAAAUUUCGAAGUCUCUUCUUUUUAACUAAAACAAUGGUCAUUGCCCCUUUUUCGAUUUGUUACUUUAGAACCAAAUAUCUUUGUUGUUGGUCUUCUUGUUCCCGGGUUUGGGGUUUGUGCGCCUUGUAAUGGCAUUUGAUGAUAUUAUUUUUUCUUGCA